GCCAGGGGUCAUAACCAGCAGGCAGUUGCAGUGAGGCAAGAGCGUGUUGCUGACUUCGGAGAAGGGGCCACUCCAUCACAUUACGUGAAGACGCACGCAGAAUGGCUGCGAAUGGGUGCAAAGGACGAAUUUUAUCCCUUUUGGACUACAGAACGGAAAAAUACAUAGUGGCCAAAAAUAAAACAGUCGGGGUUUUGUACAGACUCAUCCAGUUAUCUAUCAUCGGUUACAUUAUAGGGUGGGUUUUCUUAAGCAAAAAGGGCUACCAGGAAAAAGACGAGGCCAUCCAAAGCACAGUGAUCACUAAACUGAAAGGGGUCUCGGUGACCAACAUCACCGAGUCAGGCUUGCUGAUGUGGGGACCAGAAGACUACGUCAUCCCUCCACAGGGUGAAGCUGUUCUUUUUGUUGUCACUAAUUUCCUAGAGACACCCAAUCAGAAGCUGGGAUACUGUGCUGAGAGCCCCAAAGUGCUGGAUGGACUCUGCCAGCAAGACGGGGAUUGCGAAGAGGGAAAGCUCGUGGUGUCUGGUCAUGGACUCAUGAGUGGACGAUGCUUACACAGGGAUGAAAACGCACCUGGAACCUGUGAAAUCUUUGGCUGGUGUCCUGUUGAAAGAAAAUUUAAACCACAGUCUCUGCUGACAAAUGCAGAAAACUUCACCAUCUACAUCAAGAAUUUUAUACAAUUUCCCAAAUUCAAAUUUUCAAAGUCCAACAUUCUGGAGACAACGGAUGUGACUUAUCUGAAAUGUAGAUAUGAUGAGAAGCUCCAUCCUUACUGCCCCAUCUUCCGUCUGGGAGACAUCACUGCGCGAGCAGGAUACAACUUCAAUGACAUGGCAACAUUUGGUGGCUCCAUCGGAAUCCAGAUCCAGUGGGACUGUGACCUCGACAAAGGUUACUCCGAGUGCCACCCGCAGUACACAUUUACUCGCCAGGACAUCACCGCCUCCAACACCAUUGCAACAGGAUUCAAUUUUAGACACGCUCGCUAUUUUAAAAACUCAGCCGGUGAGAGCUACCGAUCUCUGUACAAAUUCUAUGGAGUCCGCUUCAACAUCAUGGUGAAUGGGAAGGCUGGAAUGUUCAAUAUUGUCCCGACAGCCAUCAGUGUGGGUUCAGGGUUAGCUUUAAUGGGAGUGGGAGUGUUCUUGUGUGACAUGAUCCUACUCUACAUCUUGAAGAACGGCACCGCUUAUCGAGAGAGGAAGUUUGAAGGGUCCCAGCAAACACCAGAAAACCAAUCUGGCAUCUUAGUACUUUAAUUUUGUCUUUGUAACCUAUUGUCAUAGUGUUACGAAUGUAGAACUUUAAUUUUCAAUACAAAAAAGGCCUAAUUCGCUCAUUUCUUUCUUCUGACAAAACACAAGAAAUAGUGACUGUCAUGAAAUACUGUCAUAAAGUGAAAGAUUACCAUACAGCACACGAGUCGACAUAAAGCAGGGUACACAAUUGAGUGUGGAAUUGUGUAAAAAUCAUGGUGUACUCUACAUAAGUGAGAAAACUGUUUCAUGAUGAAUACAUGUACAAAAAUCUGCACACCUUCUUGCACAUGCCCUUUCCUUGCCACUAGAUGUCACUGGGCUGGUGAAUUUGAGUUCCUCAAAGCAUCAUGCUUUUACUUUUAAGACAAUGAAAAUGCCUAUUUUCUGCACCAAUAAUUAAAACACCAAUAUUGUUAUCAAGGUUUUUAUUUCAUUACACCACUAAAACGUUUUUUUUAAAUAAUAUAAGGACACAAACAAUAAAAUGACAAUCUUUAUCUUAUUUAUUUUGAAUUAAGAAUUGGUAUUAAUGUUAUUUUAUGGAUUUGCAUUUGUUACUCUAUAAUGAUUUAAGAAUUGAAUUCAAUGUAAAAGGUCAAAUUGUCUUGUUUAAAGCUUUUUUUUUUGUUGUUAUUAAAGUGAAACGUCAUUGUUUAGACUAAUGCAGUUGUGACAAUUGCAGAAGAAGGGUAAUGCAUGAAUUGCACUAUUAUCAUCCAGUAACAUAUUUGUAAUGCCGUGCCACACUGAUAACUGCAAGUAAUAUUUUGGUUUCAAACACACCCAAGUUCUUGUUGUUCUUUACUUCAUUCCUAAGAAAGGACGUACACGAAAGCUCCUAUCUGAUUCAAGAUUCCAGUCAGUGGACAAUAGACUAGAAAAAGAAAGUACAGUGGAAUUUAGAAGACAAGGAAGUGAAUUAGGGAUUAAGAAAAUGAUGUGACAGUAUAAAAGUGCUGCAGCUGGGUGGCUUGCCUACAUCGAAACACCAUCAAGACAACAUGAAGGUCAUGCUGUUCACAACAUUGCUCCUGCUGCUGUGUAGCACUCAAGUGCUCACACUUAGGUGCUUCUCCUACUCGUGCGACGAUGGAGAUAUGUGUGACAACUGGGUGAAUUGCGAGGAAAACCAAAUAUUCUGCAAGACCGUCGGCUCAGGAAAUCAACUUACCAAAAGCUGCGCAGCAGAGUGCAAAGAAGACUUUGAAACUUCUUGCUGUCAAUCGGACCUGUGCUGAACAUGGAGCGUCGUCAUCUUUUGAUUGGAAACAAAAAACAAAAAAGUCUAAUGAGGGUCAACAAUCAAUUGUUGUUUCACUAAUCGUCAUGUUUCAUUGAUAUAUUAACGGGCUUCACUAUAAAACUCGCUGGUUCAAGAGCUGUGAUUUAUUUUGCACACAUGCACACACACACAUUAAUCUCUUCCUCAUAUUGCUUAUAGUGUCAUUGAUUUUUAUGUGGGUCACUGUCUGUCAUUGCUGCAAUGCUGUAGUCAAACCAAUGUCAAUAAAAAGACAUCCUCUAAUUUUAA